GUGACCAUAUAAUACAUGCUUGUGUGCGGUACCUGCAUCAAUGAGUUUAGAGUUUCUUUAAAAAGCUUUUUACCGACCUGUUUUUACUUUCGUUUUUGUUAACAUUGAAUGCAGUGCUGCUUUGCGGGUCCUAAGGUUUGAUUUCUGGUAAAUCAAAUGAUCUGCUCGUUAGCUAAAUCUUAUCUAUACCUUCAUACAUUUAUUGCACUUUCGCCCUUACAAUAUCCUCGUGUUAAUUCUUUGUUUAUUGUUUCCUGUUUCCUGUUUACUACCUACUGUUGACCGAAACAAAUUGAAUCCGUCAAGAGUUCUCUGAUUGCUUGGAUUCUGUCAAAAUCGGAAUACUGUUUCAUCAAUUCGAAACCUGGAAACAUACUGUCUUUAAGCCUGUCUGUUCGAAACUCAAAAUAUCAAAAGAGUGGGCUUUGACAGUUCCAUUUCUUUUUCGACACAGAGUUAUAUAUCUACAUAAAACUUCUCUCCAUCUCUCUGAAUAUUACAACAGUCCACUCGACCAUACGACAAUUCGCAACCGUCAUGUAUUCGCAAAACACCUACACCCCCGUGGCCGAGAACGCUGAGGAUGGCUGGCCCUUGAGAUUACGCCGACUUAGUCGCUCUCUCCUCUCUCGCCCCUCUCAAAAGCCCUCUGGCUCUCAAAAAGCACCUCCUCGUCUCCAUGAUCAACCUAUCUUAAUCGAAAACUCGGAGUCAGAGUUGUUAGACAUUCUAUCUUCGACAAUCAAUACCACACCAGCUCUCAACGCUAGACCCGUGCAUCAACAUCAACGUAAAAAUACUUUAGAAGAUCCUAGAAGGUUCAAUGUUCUUGAUCAUAAGGCGCCUCAAAAAUCUGUUUUGUUUAGAGCCAGUAUGUUUGGAAGUCUCAAAAAGAAAAAGGCUACUCGACCAAGUAGCAGUCCCGAUCCAGCACCCGCAACUAGAGAAACACCCACACAGUGUACUAUCAUUCAAGAACGUACGUCUCUGGAUAUGAUCAACAACCUCACUUCCAAUCUCUACAAUGAUUCCAGACCUGCAACACCAAAACCCAAGAGCAAAUCUCGGGACAGCUCUCCUGUUCGCGCCGCAAAAUCCAUCGGUAGGAAAUUAUCAAUGAAAUUUUCGAGAAAGGGAAGGAAAGCAGAAAAUGGCAAAUCAGAAAAUGAGAAAACAGGAAAUGACAUAGAGCAAGCUACAAGCUAUCCUAUUGACAUCAAAAUGGUGAUCCCGGAUCCUGUAGAGCUUCACCCCGCGAUUGUAGCCGAAACACCUACAUCUGAACCUUCCUUUCAAUCAAGGCCUCUACGAAGUAAUUUCUCCCGUAAAGAUCUUCGACGACCUAACACGUCCGCAUCAACUUCCACCUCAAUGUCAAACUCCGGAGCAUCAACUUGUGGUAUUGCACCUCUAUCAAUCAAGAAAGCAUACUCCACUUCGACUCUUCGAAGUAACCAAAGGAUUGCUACGGACCUUCCGGUAAUGGAAGCACAGGCAGUUAGAUCACCACCGCCCAAUUACAAUGCUUCGAUGGAUUUCCCUAUGAAGUUGGAGAAGGUCCCUGAAGUGGAUUUAGCUCAACAUCCUGCCCUUUCUCGUGUGUCAACAGCCAAAGCAUCUCAAUCUCAACCCGAAUUAGAGCGAUAUCCUACUUCGUUUAGCAAAUCAGUGUCGAGUGAAUUUCAAUCUGAAGCCGAUUUUACCGCCUCGGCUCGACCACAAACUCGCAGCCGCGCUCCAAGCAACGCACCCCGUCCCUCUAUGGCCACAACCGUUCGUCCCUCGUUCGAUCCUCAUGGUACUUACGAAAUGACAGCACAAAACACCCAUGACACUGUCGCUCCUCUCCUCAUCCGCAAGGGAUCUCAUGAUACUGCCCCAAAACGUUUAUCUUCCCUCAGGCGCUCUCUCUCAGACUUCAAGUCAUCACGCCCUACACCCACUCGUUCCCAAACGCAAGGAGUUGAUCUUUCUGAACAAAUGGGUUUGGCUCCAAAGGUCAAACGCUCAAGCAGCACACGUUCGAAAACUUAUUAUACGUUAGGGAGCACCGAGGCACCCGUUCCAGGCAUAGGAAGGAGCGCCACUGUAAGGAAUGCGAAACGCAGUUCAAUGAUGUCAACUCAAAGACUAUCACUUGUUCCAGAUGAAGCUCCUCUUUCUGUUCUACCUUCUCCUACAUCUUCAGAACCCCGAAAUUCAAUUGCAACUAUAAGAACUGUACCUUACGAGGUAGAGUUUUUACCCAUCAAAGCCAGUCCGAGUCGUGUGAAGAACGCUCCUAAAUCUGAUACAUUGCGAUCUCAAAUAAACGCUCCAGCUUUGAUCGAAAAGGACAAGAAAAAUGCGCAGACACCGCGUCGAUCCAAAAGGCCGGAUUACUUGAAGAUGUUUGACGUGCCUAAUUUGAUGAUGGAUUGUGGAGGCUAUGACGAGUAUAGUUAUUCCGAAUAUACGUACUCUGAAUAUGCGCCAUACUCGACAGGAGAGAUGAUCAAGAGGGUUUCCAUGACGGUAACAAAAGAAUACUCCGAUACUGGAAACUCGAAAGAUGGAGAAUUUGAAAAGUUUAUGGAAAACGCGAAGAAGGUGGCUAGGGAGGAGAAGCCAAGAGUGAUGGGGAGAGAUGGGGUUGUGGGGGAGAAUAUCAGAGGAAUGGAGAGAAAGAGAACUGUUUGGGGGAGUUUGAGAAGAAAGGACCGUUACGAAGUGACGAAGAGUGUGAGAGCUUAAACGGAGAUUUACGGGGUACGUUAAUCCUGCUUGGUCGGGAUGAGAGUUUGAGAGUUAGUGUGCGGCUGUAAUGGCAGUUGUGAUUCCCCGAUUUUCUUUUCUUUUGUUCGCAUAAUAUCCUUUUUAUUUGCUCCACGCACUUUUUUUUACAUGCUCCACGCACUUUUUUUUUUAUGUCAACCAUACAUGUAUAUUCAUACUUUUCAUUUGUACUUUGAAAAUUUGCUAUAGGCCAAAAUCAUACAUUAGUGUAGUUUCCAGAAGUAACGCAUGCAAUAGUCCGUGUCAAUAUUAAAAAAUCAUA